GGAUUUGCCCGUGCAGCAGCUAGAAAAACUUAAAAUGGCGGAAUCUGGCAAGGAGGGUGAGAUGAACAGCGAACACGUGGAAUAUCACCGACUAGAUGCUGUACAAGCGAAUGGUGAGCUGGUCUCAAGGCUAGAACAGCAUGCGUCAGCUGAUGCUGUUGGAAGUGAGAAACCUCAUGUCCAUGCUGAAGCGCAGCUUGAUGUACCAUCUGAAGGUGUUCAUCGAGUGUUAGUCCAAGAAGGCAGUCAUGUCAGCGUACACGAUGCUUCUGCUGUCACAACUCCAGCUAACGAAGAGGUUACUACUAAGGUGUUCCAUGGAGCUGCUCGACUAGUGCAACCUGGACAGGCUACGAAUGUGCCAACUGGUCCCCACACCGCUGUUCGAAGAGCUUUCAACGCGGAUAUCACCAAGGAGACGAAAAACAAUAUGGACCAUUAUGCUGCUUACUCUGGUGUUCAGUACUCGCCGCUGGAUAUGGCGGAGUAUGUCUUCUGGACUGGUGAUGAACGAGGAGUCACCACUGCUAUUGAAACCUUCCUCCAGGAGGGAAUGAUGACAAAGGAAGAUGCAAUUGCCUUCCUACAGGAGAUCAAAUUCAACAUUGAUUACUUGCGAGCACACUACUCUCAGAACUUGAAGGCGGCUGAGGAAAGUGCACAGCAGGAGAAAUUAAGGAACAUGCUGAUUGAACAGGCUGAGGCAAAGGAGUACCAGUACCGUAGCCCAGCGCUCCAGUCGUUCCCAUUCGGUAGCAGCCCUGACAUCAUUCGAUCAAUCGCCAACAAGAACUGGGAGUUAAGCAACAACCUGUCGCCCGUGCCAGCCCUACCCGUCAGCAGUGAACUGAGGCCUGAAGCCAUCAAGAGGACUUACGAUCCUAUGUUGACUAAUAGCAUGCUGCCUGGGGUACCAGAGUACGAGCGUGAACCCCAGGCUUUCCCUGAUGAAGAAUAUGAAGAGAUUAUGGACAAACUGAAGCCUACAAACAUUCCUUACAAUGAAUACACGCUUGAGGAGAUUAUCUAUCAACUGGCUAAGAUGAUGUUUUCCCAGUCCUUGUCCCGAGACCCGGCUUCAGCUCGAUCAGCCACACGACGCUUCAUGUCUUUCCUAGAAGUUCAGGCAGAAAGGGGACAACUAUCGCGCACCAUUGAGAAGAAAGUGCUUGACUUGAUGAUUGCGGCUCUGACGGACACAAUAAGCGACCAUCCAGAACUGCUGUCCUCACGCGACUCCAUGGCACCCAAUACACCCAAUAGUCUAAUGGGACGUUUCUACGAAACCAGAGCAGCCAAACCGAACCUUUCCCGAGAAAUACUUACAACAUACAAGAAUGAGCUUCUAAAACCACAACCGCUGCAUACGUUUAAUUAUCAAGAGACAAUGUAA